AUAAAUUUUCAUCAAAAGAUAAUAAUAAUAAUAAAAAGAAAAAUAAAAACGCAGAAAGGGGAAAAUGGCGCAACUCUGAAAGAGCCAGGCAAAGUGUGCGUUGGCUCCUCUUAGAAGCUGAGAGAACGACUCUGAUAAAACUUCCGGCGGUGGGUCCGGCCACAAGUUUGGAAGCAGUGUUGGAUCGGUGGAAUAGUGUUUCUAUUCAGUUUCCAAGGACACCUUGGUAAUGGGAUCAGCGAGACUAAAGUUUAUUUUCUUUCCAUGGGAGGAGAUUCUGUACAACAUUUAUGGAACAUAUGAAAAACUUUAGACCCAUUAUCAGCAGUGUUGGAGGUGAAGUGCAUGGUGGAUGUGCAGUGGAUUUGAAUUUUCCCACGACAGGAAUGGAUUCUAAUGUCAUCAUGGGAAAUCCUAUUCUAGAGCCUCAUGAUGACAUGGAGUUCGAAUCUCAUGAAGCUGCAUAUUCAUUUUACAAAGACUAUGCCAAGUCCGUGGGAUUUGGCACUGCUAAGUUGAGCAGCCGUCGGUCUAGGGCUUCUAGGGAAUUUAUUGAUGCAAAAUUUUCUUGCAUAAGAUAUGGAAAUAAGCAACAGUCUGAUGAUGCUAUUAAUCCACGUCCUUCUCCUAAAAUUGGUUGUAAAGCAAGCAUGCAUGUUAAGAGAAAGCCAAAUGGAAAGUGGUAUGUUUAUAGUUUCAUAAAGGAGCACAAUCAUGAGCUAUUACCAGCUCAGGCCCAUUUUUUCCGUAGCCAUAGAAAUUCAGAUCCACUUAAGAAUGAUGUUAGGAUACGUAGAAGGAAAAAUUUAGCUGCAGUAUCCAAGCUGUUCGGCGCAUACCAAAAUGUCGAUUGCUUGGAAGGUUAUUUGAGAAAUCAGCAUGAUAAAGGGCGGAGUUUGGUUUUAGAAGCAGGGGAUGCUCAAUUUCUCCUUGCACAUCUUAUGCAGAUGCAGGAAGAGAAUCCAAAAUUCUUCUAUGCAGUUGAUCUUAAUGAAGAACAUCGGUUGAGAAAUGUGUUCUGGAUUGAUGCCAAAGGAAUGGAAGAUUAUUGUAACUUUGGUGAUGUGAUUUCUUUCGACACCUCAUAUUUCUCCAACAAGUUUAAAAUACCCUUGGUACUUUUUAUUGGAGUGAACCAUCAUGUUCAACCUACAUUACUUGGCUGUGCACUGAUUGCAGAUGAGACAGUUUAUACUUUUGUGUGGUUGAUGCAAACAUGGUUUAUAGCAAUGGGGGAACAGGCUCCUAGAGUAAUACUCACUGACCAGAACAAUGCCAUCAAAGCAGCUAUUGCAGCUGUUUUUCCAGGCACACGUCAUUGCUUUUGUUUGUGGCAUAUAAUGGAGAAAAUACCCAGGCAGCUCGAGUUUUUGAGCAUGUGGCAUGAUAAUUUUAUGGAAAAGUUUAAUAAAUGUAUUUUCAAGUCGUGGUCAGAAGAACAAUUUGAAAAGAGAUGGUGGAAACUGGUUGAUAGAUUCAAUCUUAGACAGGUUGAAUGGAUUCAGUCCUUGUAUGCAGAUCGUAUACAUUGGGUGCCUACUUUCAUGAGGGAUAUCUCCUUUGCUGGGCUGUCCACAACUUCCCGUUCAGAAAGUUUGAACUCUUCUUUUGACAAAUAUGUCCAAGGGGAAACAUCACUGAAAGAAUUUAUGGAGCAGUACAGGGUAAUUCUCGAAGAUAGGUAUGAAGAGGAAGCUAAGGCAAAUUUUGAUGCAUGGCAUGAAACUCCAGAAUUGAAGUCUCCAUCGCCCUUUGAGAAACAAAUGUCACUAGUUUACACGCAUGAAGUUUUUAGGAAAUUCCAAGAUGAGGUUUUGGGAGCAGCAGCAUGUCAUCUUAAGAAAGAAAAUGAAAAUGAGACAACAACAACAUAUGCUGUUAAAGAUUUUGAGGAUAAUCAGAAUUAUAUAGUGGAAUGGAGUGAAUCAAAAUCAGACAUAUAUUGCUCGUGCAGAUCCUUUGAAUAUAAAGGUUAUCUCUGUAGGCAUGCUAUUGUUGUGCUCCAAAUGUCUGGUAUUUUCAGCAUCCCAUCCAAAUAUGUAUUGCAGCGAUGGACAAACGCCGCCAGGAGCAGGCAUUCAAUUGGUGAAAGACUGGAUGUUGUGCAGUGUAAGGUCCGCCGAUUUAAUGAUUUGUGUCGACGAGCCAUAAUACUAGGUGAAGAAGGUUCUCUAUCUCAAGAGAGUUACAAUAUAGCUCUGUGUGCCAUUAAGGAAGCAUUGAAGCAAUGUGCAAGUUUAAAUAACUCCGUUGAGAGUAAUGCAAGACCAAAUAACGGAGCAAUAUGUGGUGCCCACAACAUUGAUGAAGAGAAUCAAUGCAGCAAUGCACCUAACUACAAGGUUUCGGAUGCAAAAGUGACCACAGCAAACAAGGCCCCUAGGAGAGCUGGGGGGGCUGGGAAAGAGUCAUCAAGUAAUGAAAAUACUAAUGCAAGCAAGAAAGGAAAGGUACCUCAGCCAGAAGCUUUGACUAUUGGCACACAAGAUGGUUUUCACCAAAUGUUACAGAAUGUGGUGCCAGGGUCAGGGCUGGGGCCAAUGUCGAUGCCGGUGCCUACAGCAGCCCAGUUACAUGGUAUGGCACCAACAAUGUUCCAAAAUGUGGCAUCAGGACACUUCCAUAACGUGGCUUCCUCACAUCUGCAAGAGAAUCGACUUCCUCGCUAACUUGCAAAAGUUGAAAAGUUCUUCCUUUUGUAAAGAAUUGUCUUUUUGGUAGUGUUAUCUGCAAGAGAAUCGACUUCCUCGUUAACUUACGGAACUUGAAAAGCUCUCCCUUUUGUAAAGAAUGUUUUUUUAUGUGUUGCGUGCAUUGUUUGGGGGCCUUGUUUUCCACUCAAAUAUUGGAAACAUAGAAAGCAAACUCUGUUGUUGGUUUA